UCAUAUCUCUUUCAGGCGAGUGGCAUUGCUGGGCCAUCUUUCAUGCGCACACUUCUCGAGCAACAUGGACAUCAGCUAUCAAAAAUUGAGAUGUCUUUUUUGGGAGGGACGCUUUUUGGUGCCACUACUGACAAUAUCUCUGCAGCCAUCACCGCUGCUAUCCUGGCUGCAGCUUGUCAUCCCGAGGCACAAGCGCGUGUGCAAGAACAGCUAGAUGCAGUCAUAGGUAGAGAACGAGCCCCAUCUUUUGAAGAUGUCCAGCAUCUUACUGAGUUGCACGCAUUUAUGCAUGAAUCGUUAUGCUGGAGGCCUGUCGUUCCGCUCGGGUUCCCUCGUCGUACCACGAGGGAUAUAAUAUGGAAAGGGUUCCGGAUCCCUGCUGGCACAACAGUCUAUGGCUGUCACUGGGCUAUUUCUCAUGAUGCAACUGCUUUUCCUGACCCCGAAACCUUUGACCCCCAGAGAUGGGUUGAACCGUGUGGGCAGAUUCGUCCCGAUCUCAAGUCUUUCCCAUUUGGCUCUGGCAGGCGGGUCUGUCCAGGACAGUAUCUAGCAAGUGAUUCCGUCCUGAUCACUCUUGUGUAUUUGUUCUGGGCUUUUCGAAUCUUAGAACCCAAGGAUGCGCCCAUAGAUAGGUGGGCAUUUGAAGAAAAUGUUAUUGCACACCCACAGCCAUUUUUGGUUGUGUUUUCCCCAAGGUUGGAUGUGGGGCAUUUGGAAGAAGCCAUGGGGCAAUCCUAGAUAUGUACAUGACCUUUUUGGACUAUGUUUUGUCGGAACCGUCCACCAUGAUCCAUUCCAUGCAUACAUUCAGGUGUAGCUUAGCCUGGGAAGCAAUGAUAAAUCAAUA